AUGGACGCUGCAGCGGCAUCCAUGCCCGCACAUGUGGGCGAUGCGGCCGUGAUGGCGGUGAUGUCUGAGGUGGGAGGCCCCACGGAAUCUGCGGAGCUGCAGACCGCAGUCGCAGCGAACGACGCGGCUGCUGUUGCACCUGCGGACAGCUCCGUGACAACCCUCGUGCUGGGCCGGGGCAACAGCCAUGCAGAGGAAGCUCCUGCGGAAAGGACAGAGGUGGAUGUGCUCCUUGAUGCACACGCACUCUCGCAGUACAGGUACGUGCUCUGGGCGGAGGGAUACGAGGAUCUCGCCGAUCUCUGCCUUCUUGUGCACAGCAGCACGAGUGACGAACUCUUCCGCUACCUCAUUCCAAGGCCCGGACACCGUUCGAAGCUGCAGCGACUGUUGCUACGGCCUACUAACACCUCGACGGACUCUGGCGCCGUCGCGACUAUUGCCGCGACUACUGAUGCCAUCACCAAUGCCGCUGCUACUCAAUUUGCUGCCUCUGAUGGCGCUGGGGACACGUCUCCGCUUGGAAUGAAGCCGCACGUGAUGGUGUCGGAAGUGCCCUCCAUUGAUGGCGGCAGCUGCUCGGAGACGUGCAGAGGCAGUGAUGCUCUCUCACAUGCGUCGCAGCGGGGCGUUGUGCUUAACAACGGUGCCGCCCGUGACUGGGGCUCCGCCGCGUCGCGUCACCACCACCACGAUGGUUGCACGCGGCGGCGCUCCGUCGUCACCCCGCUGCAGCCGCCGCAGCAGAAGCAACAUCAAGAACGACAAUGUGGGGCUGAAACAGCAGCAGCAGCUGUGAAGGGUCGUCGUGGUCGGGCAACCAGGAUGCAGCAAGACGUGUUUAAUUCAUCGCCUCGUGCACGGCAGCUUUGUUGCCAACACACGCGCCACGCUGGGCGUUGA